UCCCUUCCAGACAUGAUCGACGUAAGAACUUCAUGGAGCGUCACCCCUCCCGCUCCCACCACCCCUCUCGGACAAACACACGACCCUCUGCUAGCCCCUGUCCGCCUCCGUUCCCUGUCUAGCAUAGCGCCCCUCUUCCGCCAUGUGAGAUAUUGACUAUGGGUCCCACACUAGCAGCAAAACACCUGGAGGACCUGAGGUAGGGGUCCAGCCAUGCGUUCGAUUUCCACCGCCCUUUCGCUUCCGUCUUCGGCUGUCAUGUCGGGCGUGUGGUGUGAUGGCGUGAUUGCUUCAAUGAUCCCCGGGGUGUAUGUACUGUAUACACACAUAAUACACAUCCCAGCUUCCCUCCCAGAUCCACCCCUCCUCCCCCACAUUCUCCGAUCCCGAACCCCGACCGACCCCUUCGACCGUGUUUCUGCGAGGGCCCCCCGCAGAAGGUUCUCAGCAGAAACGUUUCGUGGCCGAUCGGCUCCACCACCCACAAGCCCCCCCGACGGGUGUUGCGUAGGGCGGAGAACGGACAACCCCCGCCCGGAGGAUGUGAAACUCAACGCCCACAACGCCAUCGAGGGCCGAUGGCGCGAUUCCCCAGAGAGCAUAACUUCGAUGGGUCAUCGAUUACUUGGAAUACUAUUCGCAGCAAACAAUCUUGAUCCGACGACCUUCACGGGGCUGGGCGGGGCUGGGAGGAUUCAUGGCCGACGCUUUCCGGGCACCGUGCCGAUGACGCUUUUCGUGGAGCUUUGACGUGCCGCUGGGGUUUUUUUUGGGUAGCAGAUCGGUUCCGCGGUUGUGGAGAAAGGAGGUGGAGAUCAGGUGGAGCGACCUCUCAACCAAUUUUACCCCUCACCCAACUAUAUUUCCGUCAUGGGUGGAUACGACAAAAGAACGAACGAGGGGUGUUUUUACGUAUCUACAGAAA